UGAUAAUCACAUAGAAAAAUCAAAACUUGAGCAACGGAUAUUUGUUUCCGCUUUGAUAGGUAGGUUUAUUGAUACAUUUCUUCUGCAAAUUCCGAAAAAAAUUCACUCUUUCUCCCACACACACUCGCAGGGAUUUUGUUGAAUUGAGGGGGCGCUGGGUGUGUGAGCUAGGGUUGUUGAGUGGACAGAUCUGAGUAGGAGUCUGCAAUUCGAUCGCUGCACUUUGGGGAUUCAACAUGUUCUGGCGAAUGGCUGGUCUCUCCACUGCUUCCGCAGUGGAGACCAUAUUGGACAAAGAUGAUUUUACACUGGAGGAGCUAUUGGACGAGGAUGAAAUCAUUCAGGAAUGCAAAGCUCUUAAUGGCCGUCUCAUUCAUUUUUUGCGGGAAAGAGCUAAUGUUAAAAAAAUGGUUCAAUACAUCGUGGAAGAACCACCAGAAGGUGCCGAAAAAGAACGAAUAUUCAAGCUUCCUUUUGUAGCUUGUGAGAUUUUCACUUGCGAGGUCGAUAUAAUUCUUAAGGCCUUGAUAGAGGAUGAUGAGUUAGUGGAUCUGCUGUUUUCUUUUUUGGAACCUGAGCGUUCCCAUAGCACUUUGUUGGCUGGUUAUUUCAGCAAGGUUGUUGUGUGCCUCUUGCUGCGAAAGACAACUCCUUUAAUGAACUACAUACAAGCUCAUCAGGAUAUCAUUAAAAGGCUGGUUGACCUAAUUGGUAUUACAUCUAUAAUGGAGGUUUUAAUACGUCUAAUCGGCGCGGAUGAACAUAUUUACACCAAUUGUGCGGACUCUAUGCAGUGGUUGGAAGAUAUGAAUGUGCUGGAAAUGAUUGUUGACAAAUUUAGUUCAUCUGAUUCCCCCGAAGUACAUGCUAAUGCAGCAGAAACACUUUGUGCAAUCACUCGUUAUGCUCCACCAGGACUAGCUUCAAAAAUCUCCAGCCCGAGUUUCAUUGAAAGACUGUUCCGGCAUGCUCUGGAAGACUCGCGCCCAAAAUCUGUUUUGGUUAACUUGUUGUCUGUCUGUAUAUCGUUGCUAGACUCCAAGAGGUUAACUUCAGGAACAUAUUACAUGUAUACCCGUCAAAUGACACAAGGAUCAGGAACUACUGCUAGCCCUGAGACUGUCAGAAGCAUGCUAGAUGGACUAGGUGAUUUGCUCAAGCUUUUGGAUAUUUCAUGGGAAGAGCGUGUCUUGCUUACUACUUAUGGCAAAUUGCAACCCCCUCUAGGAAAGCAUCGUUUGAAGAUUAUUGAGUUCAUCUCAGUCUUGGUCGCUGUCAGCAAUGAAGUUGCAGAAAAGGAAUUAAUUCGCCUGGGUGCUGUGAAGCAUAUUCUAAAAUUGUUUUUCGAGUAUCCAUACAAUAAUUUCUUACAUUCUAAUGUGGAACACAUCAUACUAUCUUGUAUUGAGAGUAAGAACCCUCAGUUUGUGGAACAUCUGCUUCACGAAUGCAAUCUUGUUGGGAAGAUUCUUGAAGUUGAAAGAAACUUCACUUUGACUGUUGAUUCGAGCAAGCCUACUGUAUCCGCAGAGGGAAGAACACCACCCAUGGUAGGGAAUAUUGGUCACCUAACCCGUAUUGCUAACAAGCUUGUGCAAUUGGGGGAUAGCAACAGUGACAUACAGACAUUUCUACAGGGAAAUAGUGAUUGGGUUGAUUGGCAAACAAAUGUCCUGCUUAAGCGCAAUGCUGUGGAGAAUGUCUCACAGUGGGCAUGCGGGAGGCCCACUACACUCCUGGAUCAGAAUAGAGAUAGUGAUGAUGAUGAUUACCAAGAUAGGGAUUAUGAUGUUGCGGCAUUGGCGAAUAACUUGAGCCAGGCCUUCCGAUAUGGGAUAUACAGUAAUGAUGAUACCGAGGCUCAUGGUUCUGUGGAACGGGAUGAUGAGGAUGUUUACUUUGAUGAUGAAUCUGCUGAAGUAGUCAUUUCUUCACUCAGGUUGGGUGAUGAUCACCAGGAAAGUGGAUCCCUCUUUACAAACUCAAAUUGGUUUGCAUUUGAAGAUGGAAGAAUCGCUGAUGAACACGGCGAUGCUCCUGUUGCUUCUUCAUCCCCCAACACCGAAGGCCAUGUUGGUGUUGGAGGUGUCGUUGUCGAGGAAGAUGAGGCCUUAGCUGAUACUGCCGCAUCUGAACCUUCCGAGCAGAAACCAAAUGUUGCUGAUGACAUACCUACUAAAUUGCUGGAGGGCUCCAGUGAAAGUGAGACAAGUUCCUCCGACAAACCCGAGUGGGUCGAGUGGAGGGAAAGUUCAGAUUCUUUUGAAAACCCUACGCCAUCAAAUACUGCAAACACAUCUGAUGCAGACCAACUCCCAUCUUUACCCAAUGGCGAGCUGCAGGUAGAAUUAGAGGACCAACCCGACAACAAAACGGCUCCUUCCCCAGCCUCCACCGAUGAGUCUACAGAUACUGGAGAAUCCCCUAAUGAUGCAAAAGACUGUGCUGCCAGUCCUUCAGAUUCUACACAAGCGGCUGAAGAGAACCGAACUAUUGAACAGGACGACGACACAUCUGGACCCACAGAACAGGAAAAGGAUAACUAAAACAUGGAACACAACGUAAAUUCUUAUGCCAUAUAUAGUGUCAAGAUGAAAACCUGGCACUGGUAUUGAUGGAGAGCGGGCGACUCUGGGAACGAUGCUGCUCGUCACAGGUAGAGAAAGCAAAGCCCCGCCUCCUGCGCAAUAAAGUGCUUUAGCUCAGCCGAAGCCUAACAGCUACUGAAAAUAUUUGUAGAGUCUGCCUUCUUUUUUAACUGAUUUUCGAGUUUUAUGUAUUUGUAGGUAAAAUCUGACCCUCAGUUGGGAAUGUUAGAUGUGUAUGUUGCCAAAAUCUAUGUUUAUAUUUGGUGCUCCUAAAUUCUCCUAUUUGGAUAUUUGACGCUGAAACUAUUGCUAUAGAACUCUGAAUCACUCA